AUGGCGGGAUCUGGGCUCUUCAACUCCCUGUCCAUCGCAAAGCGAGACCGCCGCAGUCGGUAUACUUCCGUUCCCUCCGAAGAGUCGCGCUCUACCAACCACUCUGCCGAUCUCGAGAAGCAUGCAUAUUCCAGUCGACCGUCGCUAGAGACUUCAGAUUACGACUCCUCCUCGACAUAUUCGUCCAGGACGCCCUCGGACUCGUUGCGCCCAAUGCUUCGCGCUUCCGCCUUGAGGCGCAAAGCCUCAUCCUAUCACUUUAGAAUUCCUCGGGUCACUACAAGAUUUCUGUGUCUUGCCCUGGCGUCAACCAUUCUUUUGUUCAUGUUUACAUUGGUACGGAUGAGCUGGACGUCGGCGAAGCUCGUCGAAAAGGGCAUCGGAAUCAAACCUCCACCCAAACCCGCCGUAUGGGAGGAUUUUCCUUUCCUGACAAGAUACUAUGGCGGCAUCAGAACACUGGUCCCUCGGAAGGAGAAUGUGCCAGAGUACCCAUAUGCGAGCGAUGAGGAGCCACAAAGCUCUGCACCCGAGUCUCAGAGCGCAGAUAAUCCGGGAAGUGCAACUCGCCGUGACUCGGUCUUCCCGUUGAGCAGUGCCUUCAAUCCAUACCCUGAUUACACCUCGGAUGCCUAUCUGGCGGAAUUUCCCUCCGUGUCGCAGUGCUUCCUGGAUGCAGACUCAAAGGUCAGGGUUCCCAAAAUCCACUCGUACUCUGGAGUGACGAAAGGGUUCCCCGACCCGGCCAUGGGAUCUUAUGAUGUGCUUGGUCUCCGGGACGACAUCUGUUUUGAUCGCUUCGGCCGGCUAGGCCCCUAUGGUUUUGGGUACAGUAAACGAAAGGGCGGUACCGGAGCGGGCUUGUAUGGAGAUCGGGAAGGAGCUGAGAAUGUCUGGGAAGAGGACGGAGAGGUUGACUAUCGAAAAGUCAGCUGGGCAGACGUCCAGAAGAGAUGCUUGUCCGCGAAUGCCCACCGAUUCAACAAGCCGAAAGAAGACGACUCGUCCCAAAAUGGACUGCGAGAAAGGGAUGAAGUGCCACCUGACUUCGCCAUUGCAAAUUCUACCGGAACUCCUCGAUCUUCUGAUGAAAAGAAAAGAUUGCCGCGAACCGCUGUCGUCAUACGGACCUGGUGGGACUACCAAUACAAACCUGAGGACAUUUUGAUGCUUCGUGCUCUCAUCUCAGAGCUCUCGUUGCUCUCCGGAGGAGAAUAUACGGUUCACUUCCUCAUACACGUCAAGGACAACAACGUUCAAAUAUGGGCGGAUGAGGAUGUCUAUCAGCAGGUUCUGCGCGAUUCGCUCCCCGAAGAGUUCCGUGGAAUGGGGACGCUUUGGACGGAACGACAGAUUGGUCUAAUUUAUGGCGGUCUCCAUGAUAGCAUGUACCGCAAUCUUCCGGUUCACGGAGUGUAUCGGAGCUCCAUGAUGCCAAUGCAAUGGUUCUCCCAUCAACACCCAGAAUAUGACUACAUCUGGAAUUGGGAAAUGGACGUUCGAUACACUGGCCAAUAUUAUCAUCUCUUUGACAGCGUGACGAGGUGGGCUCGGGAACAGCCGCGGAAAGGCCUCUGGGAGCGGAGCGGAAGAUUCUACGUACCUUCUGUUCACGGCUCUUGGGACGAUUUCAAACAUAUGGUGCGUGUGCAGACCGAGAUGGGGACGGACAACCCCAACAACAUCUGGAGCGGCAAGAACACUGGAAAGCCGAGGUAUCCCGGCGAUACGCAAGGAAAGACUGAUAAGCCCGUCUGGGGCCCAGAAAGGCCUGAGGAUGAUGAUAUCGCGACAGAGGAGGAUAUAAUCCCACCAAUGUCUUAUGAGAAGGACAAGUAUGAAUGGGGAGUCGGCGAGGAUGCUGACCUUAUCACCUUUAAUCCUCUCUUCGACCCUGAAGGAACUACCUGGCUGCUCGCUGAAGAUGUCACGGGAUAUAAUACGACACGGAAGCUGCCGCCGCGUCGAACCGCGAUCAUUACUGCGUCACGGCUUUCUCGACGAUUACUCAAGACGAUGCACCAUGAGACCUCGCUUAAACGACACACGAUGUUUUCGGAGAUGUGGGCCGCCAGUGUUGCAUUGCAGCAUGGGUUCAAGGCAGUUUAUGCUCCGCACCCAGUGUACAUUGAUCGUAAAUGGCCCCCGUCGUACCUGGCCGGCGUUUUCAAUGGCGGACGGAAUGGCGCGACCGGAGGAGCUCGCACGAGCGUUUUUGGAGAGCGAGAACACAACUUUCGCGGCACUACGUGGUAUUAUAAUGCUGGUCAUUCGCCCAACCUCUGGAAACGGUGGCUAGGUCUUCGGGUGGACAACAAUGGCGGAGACGAGGCUGAAAAGGCCCAAGAAGGCCGCAUGUGCCUCCCCGGUGUUCUCUUGCACCCUGUCAAAGGUGUCGACUUGGUCAUCGAGGGUCGAGCUGAUGAAAUCUAA